AUGAGGGCAUCAGUAGUUGUGGGUGCAAGUGAGGUGGUAACUGUCACGAAUGCCAGGAUUCCCUACACUCUUAGCUUCCACCUGCACGUCUACACCUCUCUUCCCCUAGAGUGUGUCUCCUGCAUUUCAGACCCUGGAAUCUCCCGCACUGCUUCUGCUGCCCUCAUAAAAACCCUGCUCUUCCAGUCCCUCCUGAGAGGGUUUUGGCCAGUCUCCAUGCUCAGGAGACUCAGUGGUGUCCUGUCUGGGCAGGCCUGGGAUAGGGUUCUAUACACAUCUGCACGUUUAGGUCCAGGCUCUCACAGAGUCUUUUAG